AUGCUCACAGCAGUAACAAAUGCAACGGGAAAUUCGGCUGAUGCUAAACUGAGGUGCUUGUACACGAAUGCCCAAAGCCUCAUAUCGAAACUAGACGAACUAAAACUUUGCGUUGUUGAGCUGUCUCCAGAUGUUUUAGCAGUAACUGAGACCUGGCUGCCCGGGAAUAUUAGCGAUAACGAAGUAGCCUUGCCUGGAUACCAAAUUUAUCGGAGGGACAGAGAACAUCGUCAGGGUGGUGGUAUCGUUGUGUAUGUGAAUGACGGUCUGGCAGUGUCGGAUAACACCACCAAGUUUGCGUGCAGUACGGAAGCUAUCUGGUUGACCUUCAAGGCUACCGGUUCCCCGUGUCUCGAUGUCCUCACUGUCUACCGACCACCUAGGACAGACCGAAUCGCCGACACUCAACUAUUGGAGCAGUUGGAGAAAUUUUCCAGUCGACCUAACAUCAUGAUUAUGGGCGACUUCAACGCACUAGGAACAAACUGGAAUACCCUCCAAGCGUCAGGUCCAAAAUCGGCAUUCGAUUACCGCCUGUUGAGCAAAACAUUAAAUGCGUGCCUCACACAACAUGUAAUGUUCCCAACGAGAACACGUGAAGGACAAAUGGCAAAUUGCCUGGAUCUGGUCAUUACGAAAACACCAGACAGCAUAGACGAGAUCGUCUCCAUGCCGCCCCUUGGCCGAAGUGACCACGUAGUGCUUAUUUGGGAUUAUUCGUUAUUCUCCAUUUCACAUACUCCAGACCACAAAAGACGGAAUGUUUGGCGGGGCGACUUCAAUCAGAUGAGGGCAGACUUAUCCGGUCUUGACUGGGGCUCUUUGUUUACGGGAAGUGCCAACGAUGACUGGGAACUGUUCAAGAAUGUCCUUCUGCAGCUCAUCAACAACCACUGCCCACUGACUAGUGUAAGACUGAACAAACGCCCUGGGUGGCUAAAUAGCAACCUCAAGAAAGAAAUCAACAGGAAGCACAAAUUGUGGAGAAAAUACUGCGUCACUAGACAAGCUGAAUGCUUCAACACCUACAAGACACAGAGGAACAAACUGAGGAAGCUGAUAAUGCAGACGCGGCGGGAAUUCGAGAAGAACUUGCUACAAAAAGCAACGCAGAACCCAAAAUUGCUCUACAGCUACCUCCGACGAAGUACAAGGAACAGGCAUCAAAUCCCUUUGAUAAAGACUACUGAUGGCGAUGAGUUCGCUGAUAGUAGGGAUAAAGCUGCGUUUUUUUCACGGUUUUUCCAAUCAGUCUACACAAACGAGGCAAGGUUCCUUCCUCCCUCCACAGAAGAACCGCCGACUCCAAGCGUCAGUGAUAUACUCUUCACAGAAGGCAUUGUCCGAAGAGAAUUAGAGGCAUUGAACGAAUCGAGUCGCCAGGACCAGACGAGAUUCCAUCCAAGCUUCUGAAGGAACUUGCUAGUGAGCUCUCUGUGCCUUUGUCGAUGCUCUUUCAAACGUCAUUUGACACUGGAACACUUCCUGUCGAUUGCAAACUGGCGCAUAUUACUUCGGUACACAGAGGAGGAAACAGGGCAGCGACGACAAAUUACCGGUCCAUAAGCUUGACAUGCAUUCUCUGCAAAGUUAUGGAAAGGAUCAUAAAGAGUGAGCUGAUGCAAUUCCUGGAAGUUCACGGCCUGCUAUCGAAAGGCCAACAUGGGUUCCGAGCUGGAAGAUCCUGCACGACAAACCUGCUGCAAUCUCUCCAGAGCUGGACCCGAGCUCUCGACGACAGGCACGCAGUCCACAUAGCCUUCAUCGACUUCCAGAAGGCUUUCGACACUGUGCCACACCAAAGACUCUUACAUAAGCUGAAAAAAAUAGGGAUCGGUGGCAACUUCCUUAAAUGCAUCGAAAAAAUCCUUGUGGGUCGACACCAGGUUGUGUGCGUCGGUCGGGGAAAAUCAGAUCCGGCUAUGGUCGAUAGUGGUGUCCCCCAGGUUUCAGUUCUGGGACCCAUUUUGUUCCUUAUCUACGUGGACGAUGCCGCAAGAGAUUUAGACUGUAAAGUAGCAAUGUUUGUGGAUGACAUGAAGAUAUGGAGUGUAAUUCGGGGUCCAGCCGAUGAAGACAGACCGCAGAUGAACCUGAAUCGGUUGGAGGAGUGGUCAAACCGUUGGCUCCUGCGGUUCAACGUUGCCAAAGGUAGCAUACUUCGCCUAGGCAACACAGCCAGAUCCGCCAGCACAAGAGGCUACUUUCUGGGCGGUGCAGCCCUACAAGAGGUCGCAGCCCAAAGGGACCUCGGUGUGCUUACAACGUGUUCCCUAAAACCAUCCGCCCACUGUUCGAGGGUGGCAAAAAGCGGAAUGUCUUUACUGUACUCCAUCAAGCGUGCGUUUAUGGACUUUGACGAAGAAGCUUUCCCUAAGACAUUCGGAACAUUCGUCCGGCCGCAUUUAGAGUGCGGCAUACAAGCUUGGAGGCCGUGGGCUGUUGUGGAUCAAAACUGCCUCGAAAGAGUCCAGAGGAGAGCCACGGAGAUGGUCAGGGGUCAAAGCUCCUUUCCUUAUGAGACCCGCCUAGUAAAUCUGAGCCUCUUUCCUUUGAGUUACAGGCAACUUCGCGGAGAUCUCUUGCAAGCCUUCCGCAUUGUAAAGGGGUUGGAUUGCAGUCUGGCCUUCGAGGACUUUUUUGAAUUUGCUACAACGACCAACCUCCGAGGUCACCCGUUAAAACUGCGCACUCAGCAGGCACGGCUGGGUGUGCGGAAGUUCUCCUUCUCGGUUCGGGUGGUCAAACCAUGGAAUGAGCUUCCCGCAGAUGUUGUGAUGUCACCACCUAUACAAAGUUUUAAGAAGAAUCUGGACAUAUUUAUGUUCCGAAAUGACCAAGAGCGAUGAGAAGUCGAGCUCACCCCCUGUAACUCCUUCUCAUUUUGUCCCACCAUUAUGGGUGUGUUCGAACUAUUUCAGUCCAGAACAUCUAUCUGUACACCACACAUUUUUUACGUUGCAAAUCGGGUACUCAAAGGCUUACGCCUAUUUCCCUCAAUAAACUGAACUGAACUGAACUGAAUUGAAAAACAAAACAGCAUGGACCCAAUUGAUUCGACUAUUCUCACAAGACCAAAAAGCCUCCUCUGUCGUAAAAGCGGUCUCAGCGACUAAAUCUACGCCUAUGAGAGCACUCAUCCUGACUCAUUCAGCCGGUUCCACGUUCUGAGUCCAUCACCUUCUAUUGUGGUCUCGGAGGCAGACUCUGGGAUAUCGCUCAGCCGGCUGACACGCCAAGAUCAAAGAUCACACGGUUCUGGCGGACGCAGGAGGGGACGUGAAAUAGGUCGCUCUGCUCACUAAUCGUACAAUCUGUGAUCAUCGUUUCGUAGUAAUUGGCCUGAGCUAGUCGACGCGACUUCGGUGAUUUACUAUCCAACAGCAUGAUCGAGAGUAUCUGAACGAACAGGGUUAAAAUCCAAGAAGCAGCAGUACAUUUUAGAAGGUUCGACGAGGCAGAGAAUGCUAACCAAGAAAUCCCCACAUUGACGGCAAACAGCGCUGUUUAUUCCCUAUCUGCGUAUCACGGUGCAGUCGGAAGAAAAUCAAUAAAAGCAAUUGCGAAGGACUUUUUAGCAGUAACAGGGAGGUUUAUGCCGCAAUUAUUCCUAGGAAGGCACUUGUCCACACUUUGUGAGUUCCGGCAUAAGUAUAACGCCACCCUGGUUUGCAGGCGUAGUUUUUGUUCUCCAGAUUUGGGCCGGGAGUCUAUGUAACCCAUCGGUUAACAGUGGUAAGCUGCGUUUGUAAGGAGUGAGUCGUUGCUGAGUGUAUUUUCUUCUUCAGUUUUACUAUGACUUCAGGGAACUCCUUGGUAGAAGACCGGUUGCAAUCACAGUUAUAGUCAGGCGUUUCCGAAGUGAACGACAACUGAGAGGGUUCAAUCUACUUCACUCAGAAGCCGGGCAAGAUGCUUCUCCCACCGCAUCGCGUCGUCUCACAGGAAAAUCGUGCGAAUUUGGAUCAUCGCGAAGGCGGACGGACUCUCUACUCUCAGUUGGCCGGAUUGUUCCACUAGAGUUGCGUUCCUUGCGGUGAGGCUUGUUUUGGUCUUGAAAGGGGCUUUGAAUAGUUUAAUUCAGUUCAAACCAAUUGUUUCCGACUGAAGACUCAUUGGAGGUUGUUUUUACCUGGAUCGGUGCUGUGGAAGUGCUGUGUGUAACCAGGCGGAAACACAUGGCUGUGGAAGAAUGUCCGAUAAGUAUUCCCCAACGUCAGCACCUUCCGUCAGUAUGUAUUCCGAGCCAUAGCCGACCUCUUACAUGAACAUGCUUGGAAUCACCUUAUUGUGGGCACUGAGCUUCGCGGCUAGGCGCUCCAGAAGUUGUCCAGUCAUUUUCUCCCAUGUGUCCAGUUGUGAUUUUGGCGACGAAUAUCCACUCUGAGCUGGCAUUUCAUAGCUGUGCUUGUUUCCACGUUACGCCGAUUUACCCUAAAUUUAAAACUGGUGAAUUAUAUACCCACUCCCACAAGUUGCAAGCUGAAGGUCGGCUAGGAUUUAAAUCUCUCCUUGCUGGUAAUAGGAAUCGAAGUAGACCCGUCCUGUGACUUUUUGUCAAAAUAAUUGUAUUCCAGGAAUAUCGACAGUUUGCCCACUAAGAAAGCUUCUAGCGCAUUGGGCGUAUUCUUUCGUGGUUUCUCAUCGUGCAAAAGGAAUUAUCUUUGCUGGUUAAAUUAUCCACAUCCACUUUUGAUCCACUGACUACUCUGACGCUUACUGGAGAUCGCCGCAUUUCCCUUUGAUGCCCCAACAAUGAGGCUCCGACUGCAGCCUUGCGGGAGACCACAAGGUAAGCUACCACCAGGUAAGUUAUAUACCAUCGUGUUCAUUUGGCCUGUUUACUCCUCCAACUGUAGCAAUCAACUGACCCAAAUCUGGAAGACCUUUAGUCUCCAGAUGAUAAUGCCACUGUGGAGACACGGUGGUGUCAACUGCAGAACGUCAUCUUGUUUAGCAUCCAGAACGUGCUCUAACGCGCACUUCGUCAACACCUGGACUGGCUUGAGAACAACGAGGCGAAUAUCAACAAUUUAAUGACCGCUAAGGACAGACUGCACGAAGCCUACAUCGAUAGUCGGGUCAAGGGCAACAAAGGUGCCUACUCCAAGUGUCGUCGCCUUGUGCUGAAAUGGCUGCGGCAGAUGCAGUUCCCCGGAUGAAUAGCAAGACCCAGGAAAUCUAAGGAUGUCCGGAUCACAUCGAAACUAUCAACUCCUUCAUCAAGACGGUUCACGGUCCCAGCAUCAAAAGAACCGCGCUGCUGCUCAGCUCCGGCGGAUGAAUUAAAGAUUCUGAAAUACUGGGCCGAGCAAUGCAGGACCGUUCCAGACCCCACCCUCCCCCCCAUCCACAGUCUCCGACGCGGCCAAUGACCGGCUUCUCCAAGUGGAAGCGAACAAGGACUUGGAUCUCUUGCAUUCUAUUUGAGAAAUCAUCCGAGUCGUGCAUUAACUCUCCAGCCGGGACGUGCCGGAAUCUGAUGCGAUCCCGGCCAAAAUCUGCAAGCACGACGGACCCUGGCCGAUGGGCAAACCUUCAACGAUAUUCCAGGAGAUGUGGCGCCAAGAACCACUUCCUCAGAAUUUCUGUGGCCGGAAGUGCAACUCGCAAGUCUCAGGACUUUCCAAUCCAGCGUCUCACUAUGCAACCCCUUCCAGCAUGCCCGCGUUGCCAACAAACAUAUGAGUGCUGACCGGCUCCGUCGGACAUCUCCGGACCCAGUGCAACGACAAUCCACUAACCCCACCUGCUGCCCCCAUCGUCAUCGCUGCGCCUACUCCUACGGCGUCCACUCCAACGGUCAUCCCCAUCACCUGUGACCACAUUUCUGAUGUCUCAACAUUAUCAAUCACCACCACCACCACCACCACCACCACCACCACCACCACCACCACCACCACCACCACCACCACCACCACCAUCACCACCACUUCGGCGAUGAAUCCCGAAAUCGACGAGCCCAUUGGUGUUCCCUUCAUCUGCUCGUAG